UCAUCACUACAAAAUCCCCCUUUUAGAAACGUUAUUUUUAAGAGUGUAAUAAUUCUUUAAAAUAAGGUCUUAUAAAAAUCAGAUUGUAAACCCAAACAACCCCACUGACCCCCGUGUCCUCAUGUAAUGUGAAAGUUCUCAUGCUUUUACAUUUUCUGGGUGUGAAAAAAAAGAUAUUUUAAGUUAACAUUUGACACGUACCAGAACCUGAAGGUGGACAUUUUUAUAAUUAUACUAAAAGGCCUUUUACUUACUAUGGUAUACUAUAUUAAGUAAGCUAUCAGACAGAAGGCAUGUAGAAGACUGUGUACAACAGGUUUUUCAGCAAAGUUUUGUCUUGUUAAUAAUUUAGAGGCUUUAGAAAUAUGUGUAUCAAAUACGAUAUGUAGGCUUUACAAGGUUAAAGUCUCAAAACAGUUCAGGUGAAGAAACCUCUUUUCAAAAUAACUCGGUAGACAAAACUCCAUAAAACCGUUUUAAAAGUUGAAUGUGAAAAUUACAUCGGGCCUAGGACCAUUCUACAGUGUGUGUUUUCACAGGCUUAUUUUCAUCCACAUAAAAUUCAAUUAAAUAUAAAACAAUUCAACCCCGAUUAAGAUCUAUUGUAUUAGAUUAAGUUAUUGAGUCCAAGAAUAGUUUUGUUUUUGUUUAUUGUGAAGUUUGUUCAUAAUAUGUUAUAUUAAUAAUGGUUGUUAAGCUACCAUAACUAAUGAGUGGCCUUCUGCCAUAAAUAGUGGAUCUUGAUUUGUCUCUCAUUCUAACUGCAUUGAACUUUAACAAGGUUUCUCUUCGCUGAGGGUACAAGUACAACAAUGAGACCGGGUCACCGAGGGUAAAACCAGUCACUUCUUUGAAUUGGGAACAUUAGUCAGAAAGGUAUCGUAUGUCUGAACUCCCAGACUGUACAGCAUGUGCUAAUGAGUUUUAAAGCACAUGAAACAUAGUGAUCCCAGCUAAGCUGGUUUGCCAACCACCAUUAAACACAUAGACAUGGUGGAAGACAAGUGGUUUCCAAAAAAGGAAAAAGAAUUCCAAACAGGUUUGGAGAAAGUUUAAAAGGGAGGGUACAAGACAGACAGUUAAGGUUAGGGGUAGGGUUUGCCUAUGUCUUUUCUUUGUAGAUCCUAUCCCUUAGAGAUCUCCAUCCUGCAGCUACACCCUUCUCCGUUUAAAGGAAUCAGAACAAGAAUAAGAACACAGCAAAGAUGUCCAAUUCCAGAAAAGUGGUCAAGUUGUACUGUGAUGUCAUCUCUACUUAUUCCUGGCUGGCAUUUGAGGUGCUGUGUCGCUAUAGAAAUUUUUGGAACAUCGACCUCAAAUUCAAACCGGCAUUUUUAGGAGGAGUCUUUCAUGGUUCAGGUAACCAGAAACCUGGAUUGGUCCAAAAUAAGUUUUGUUACAUGGUCACAGAUUUGAAGCAGCUGUCUGAGUUCUUUGGAGUCCCUGUGAAUCCACCUUUGCCUUGUAAAAAAGGCACUUUGAAUGUGAUGCGUUUUGUGACAGCUGUAGAUGAGAAAGAAAAAGAGAGCGGCGUGCUGGUGGAAAGGGUGUCUAGAGAGCUCUGGAAGAAUAUCUGGUGCACUCAUCAGGACAUUACCCACCCUGCCACACUCACUGAGGCAGGAUUAAAGGCAGGUCUCUCAGCCAACGAGGUGGAGGAACUUCUAAUCCCUUCCAAAUCUCAGCAAAUCAAAGACAAGCUGAAAAAUGUGACACAAGUAGCACUGGACUAUCAAGCCCAGAAGGAUCACCACUGAUGCUGCUGCUAUCAGCCAAAACAACUUCUGUAAUUUGUGCGCAUUCACCUGCGCAGUCAGUUUUCCUGACUGGAAAUGUCUUAAUGCUUUUCCCAGACUGUUGGCCCUCUGAGGUGAGACGUGCAUUAGUUGUCACAGAAUCAAAAUGGAUCCAGAGAAAGUUCACUUGUUGUUGAGGCUGAAGACUGCUGUUCUUCCAGUUUACAGUGGAACCAAGGGAUUGAAUAUGGGCCAGUACUUUCUCCGUGUCCAUUACUCCUUGAUUUAGAGUGGGGAUGCAGAUCAACCAAUCGUCUAGAUAUGGAAGAAUUUUGAUACCCUGUAACUGAAGGGGGGCUAAGGCCUGAGACCAUUCGAGUAAUACUCUCGGUGAAUCAUUUUGAAUGAGAGUACCUUUAAGUAUUAUUUGAGACUCAUGAGGUUGGGAAUGGGCCGGUAACCACCCAUUUUUUCCCAAGUGUGAAGUAACCCCCUUUUGCUGUGCGCUGGGAGGCACCUCUGAAAUGGCUCCUUUUUUUCAACACACUUUGAACUUCCUCCACCAAUACUGGCUCCAAAAAGGGUAUCCUUGACAAUAGUCAUUUGGACCCCUGAAAAGGGAGGUAAAUCUGCAGUUGGUACCCAUGAGUUACCAUGGACAACCCUUCGGGGAAGUGAGGUGGGAAUCUGACUGUUGAUAUGAAAGCUUUGUUCUUGGACACCAGCAGGGCCACCACAUCAUGUCAAUAUCAGGCAGGCCAUUGCGGCCUUUGAGAUUUUGUUACCAUUGCCAUGCAUUAUACGAC